CAGACAGUUUCGGCACAUUGAAUCUCCCAAACAGAACCAGAAAUACAAAAGGACAGGCCUGGUGAUAAGUUCAAAUGGAACUCAGUUCUGGCGCGGAAUAGCUGAUGCUUAUGACCUCCUCUGCAGCCAAUCGUGUAGAAACAGAACUAAGAGUCCUGUGUCCUGCUCGGAGUGUUUCUGCGAUGACGUGUGUUUUUUCUUCGCCGACUGCUGUCCUGACCUGUACGUGGACGCCGGACAUGGGCCGGUGGCGCACAGCAAAUGGUCAGGACUCUCCUGUUCUCGAACCUCGUUCGGAUCCGCCAUUCCAUCUUGGGGAGAGGUUCUGAUGGUGACCACUUGUCUGGACAACGCCACUGACCGGACGGCGGUGAACAACUGUUUGAACGCAACAAGCGUUGACCGCAGGUUCACGCAACCGGUGACGGAGACCGGAACGUUCCUCACUUACAAAAACGUCUUCUGCGCCGAGUGUAACGGGGCGAACGACACCACACCAUGGCCGAUCAUGUCCUCGUCAGGCAACAUAAGCACCACCUCGGAAGUGACGUCACAAAGUAUUGUCGAGACAAAGGUCACUGCCAGCCAGGUGAACACCGUGGAGUAUGGCAGACCUCCAGCUUACGCUAAGCACCAAAGACAGUGUCGAAGCAACAUUGUCAUGGUAACACGUUGCAACAAGAGUCAGUUCUACGGCUACUUUGACCCAGCAUUGGAGAGAGCAUGUGCUUCGAUGGUGAUUCCAGUUUGGGUGUCGUCAGUGUGGUACAAGAAUCCUUUUUGCGUCCUGUGCAAUUCUAACCUGACCUGGGAGGAGCUGCGCAGAAACUUUCAUUAUACUCCUUAUCGCUCCAGUGACGACAUACCGAUAACGACACUCGUUGAGACAAGCCCGCGGUGUUCUGAGAAGGAAUUCUACGACUGGCAAAAGGAUUCUUGUCUACGAGUAUCGUGUGUUCCUGGGAAAUUCCUGACGUCUUCUCUCCCUGUCUCCUGCAAAAGAGACAUCGAUUCUCCACAUCACUUUGGUUACCGCUUUUGUGUGUACGCAAUAAUCAGUUCACUGGACAACCAAGGUUUCCGCAUGAACAGCACAGAUUCUGAAGUGUUUGAACAGAUCUUGGAGCUGAAUUUUUCCCAGUUUCAAGUGACUAGGGUGAUGGAAGCGCAGCUUGGAGACAAAAGAACGGAGACUUACCUCUGGGCCAUCGACACACAGCCGCACUCUUCUGUCGAUCGAGAUGAGGUCGACACGAAACUGUUGGAACUCUUUCCUAUUGUUGUGCAGGAGUUAGCUGCUCUUCUUCACGUCCCGAACCUUCGAGCGUCGCCAACAUGUUCUGCAAGUGUUUUGCGCUCACUUAUCAAAAGCAGUUCUAAUGGAGCGGAGUCAGGGGAAACAAAUCACAACUCUCAUCGCUCUGAUGACGAGGUCGUCACGUCUUUACAAAAUGUUUUGAAUACUUUUCGCGCUGACUCCUACUUGCCAGUCAUGCAACAAUUAGUCUGUCCUUGGCUUCAGCUAGAUCUUGCAGAAGUCGCUUACGAUGUUGAAAGUAACGAGGCCAUCUUGCAUCGAUCAGCUGUUGUUCUCUCUCCUCCUGACUUUUACAUCCCAACUUCCAACAUCAUCUUGGUGUGUCUUGAAGAUUAUCAGAGGAGCUUAGAGACGUUUACACCUCCUUACAUUGUGUCUCUCGUUUCCACAAUCAUAUCUCAAGUGUUUCUCCUCCUUUCUUUUCUCGUUUACUCAUUCUUUCCUUCUCUCCGAACCAUCGCGGGGAUAAACAAUAUGAUUCUCAUCGCCUCGCUUUUUUUCGCUCAGAUUUUUCUUCAGAUUGGCCACGGCGUGGCUAUGCCGGAUUGGCUGUGCGAGGCAGUAGGCCUGGCCACCCACUUUUCCUGGCUGUGCGUCAUGUUGUCUCAGAACGCUUGUACUUUCCAUUUGUUCUUCAGCCUGUCCUUUCCGUUCAGGUCCCACGCAACCUCCGUGAAUGCUCGUGGGAUGACGAAGAAGUAUCUGCUGUACGUACUUGUGGUCGCUGUCGUUUUUGUCCUGAUUACCCUCACCUGGCAGCUGACGAUGGAAGGGGACAGUGGGUACGGAUCUGAAAACUGCUACAUCAAGCGCAUGCAUGUCAGGGUGGCCAUGUUCGCGGCGCCUCUGGCCCUGACGGUCCUCGCCAACGUCGUCAUGUUGUACACCGUGGUGCAGCUGCAGCGACUGCCCAGGCUGGCGGGCAGCCAGACGGAGACGAUCAGCCUCUUGCUGUACACCAAGCUGUCGGUGCUCACCGGGGUCACGUGGCUGUUGGGCUUUCUGGCGUCACUCGUGGGAUCCCUCGUUCUCGGCUACGCGUUCGCGGUGAUCCAAGGCUUUCAAGGUUUAUUUGUGUUCCUAGCGUUCAUCGCCAACAAAAAUGUCUUCACAAUGGUCGCUGGAAAACUGAGAAGGAAGAAGAACAGCAGGGUGAAGCGUAGGGAUAGCACAGAAUCCACGUACUUCACGUGCCUCAACUGGGGAUCUGGGCGCGAGUAGUCUGUUUCAUCGUUCGUCAAAGGUUAUGAGAUUCAGUUUGGAGUGAAUUUCCUUUUAUGUACCCCAUGCAUAUCUGAAUUUAUUCUUGGGUUGAGAUGUUCAUUUCAUAUGAUGUUUCCAGUUUGAAAACUUUUAAAAAUUUCCCUGUUCCAUCCCAGCUUCUCUUGCACGCCCCACGCUACCCUUUUUUUGCUUGAAGAAGAUGGUGGCAUAGG